AUGUAUCCACCUUACCUAAACACUGCGCCCAAGUUUUGGGGCCGUAAAUUGAGGCCAAUCUUGCUAUCAAAGGCACUUGCAUAUCCCCAGCCGAUUGCUCAGGAGUCUGAUGCGCCAGCCAAAUUUAUAUUUGGAGCCAUGGGCGACUCAUGGGGUAGUGGCGUCUCCUGGAGUUCCGGGACACAAUAUGACGACAAUAGUGACAACUGCAUGCGCUACAAGUAUGCAUGGUCCACUGUCGUGAACAAUUCCUACGACAGAUGGACACCAAAGACCGACCAGACAUCACAGUUUGAGUUCCAGGCGUGUUCUGGCGCGCGCUUGGAAGAUAUGCCUCGCCAGAUGGACAAGAUGACACGGCCCAAACUUGUGCUCAUGGAGGCGGGCGGGAACAACGCAGACUUUUAUCCCAUGGCAGAGGCCUGUCUCUUCCGUAACAACCGUGACAAGGAUUACGGAAAGUUCUACGAGGACGAUGACCCGGAGAAGCCUGAAGGACAAUGCAGGAGAGAGAUUGGCCUGGUGAGAGGCAGACUGACAAACCCGGCCUCAGACCCCAACGAGCGCAGCGUGAAGGACAAGGUUAUAGAUACUAUCAAGGCGUGGAGAUACCACCCCUCGGUUGGCGGUAACGAGGCCAGCCUAUUUGUACUUGGUUAUCCUUGGUUCUUCGGCCUUGACUCAGCGUGUAAUGACUGGACCUUUAGCGUUGUAUACGCCAAAGAGAAGCAAAAAGUCGUCAGCGCAAUGAGGCAGGAAUUCAACGAUCUCAUCAAUAUGAUGAAUACGGCCAUCCGAGAAGCUGUGGAAAGCUACAACGACGAGAAGAUUCAGUAUAUUGACAUCAAUCCUGCCUUCCACCAGCACCGCUUCUGCGAGCCUGGACACAGUCGACUCGCUCAGUUCAACUGGGGAGACGAUGUUUGGCUGUGGAACAGCCCUGGCAGAUGGGUCACCAUCAAGAAUGGAGAUGGGACGACGACAUAUGAUACCAUUGAUGGAACUCUGCCACCCGCAGAUGUAGUCAACGCUUUGUUGGAUCACCCUGUUGAUUCACCCAGAGAAGAUGGCGGCUGCUCCGUCCAGGUCUAUCAAGAUCCCGCGAACCCAGACACGACCAUGGAAUGGAAGGCGUGUGCACAGGAUUAUGUCUUGGCUGGUAGCAAUGCUGGUGGCUCCAUUGCUAGAACGUUGCAUCCUACGCAGAGUGGUCAUGCGGGCAUGGGCGAUAUCAUCAUUCAACGACUUGAACAGUAUUAUGGGCGUACCGACGAUACGACCAUAAUCUUACCGACGCCGAACUGCCCCUUUGGCUGCGAUUGCUCGGGCAUUGUCCCUGUCUGCACCUGA